CACAGUGAACCAAUCCGAGCCGAGGCGAGCCAAAAUCCGCAAAAUCUACGUUCUCCGAAAUCAUGGCGGAGAUCAUAGCCCAAUCCGUAUCUGAAGACUAUUCGAGCCACCAAGAGCUUGUGGCUCACGAAGGCGAAGUCGAAGUGCCUACGGUGUACGAAAUCCGGUUCGCCGACGAUCCGACCGAAAGCACACUACAGCGGAAAUGGUCGCCGGCGGUGACCGAACAGUUCAUCCUGCUGCGCCACGAGAAGCGGCGGUUCUUCAAUGGCAAGAGAAACACCACCAAGGCGCUGUACCAACAGAUCCUGGACGAGAUCGGGCUGGGAGGAGUCGUGUCGGCCGACCAGGCUCGCAAGAAGUGGAACAACCUGAUGGCCAAAUACCGGGUCGAAAAGAUGGAGAUUGAGCGCAAGGAGAGUGAGGGGGACCCCGUGCCAGAGGGCCUGGUGUGGCCCUACUUCAAGCUGAUGGACACGGUGAUGAAGGACAUUGACGGCACCCUGUCGGUGCUCAUGCCCUCGCCCCAGCCCCGGGUCCAGUUCCUGCAGCCCCGCUACGCCAUCCCGGGCCUGCAGGGCUCCGUGGACGGGGAGACCCUCGUAGAGACCGUGUGGUCGUCGGCGGACGCAGGGGGCCAGACGCUGCACGCCACGCUGCCCUCGUCCUCGCACCUGGCCACGGCCACCCGGCGCCGCAUCCGGCGGGAGAUGACCUUCGAGGAGCGCCUGCUCAAGGCUGUGGAGGCCGGCAACGAGGCCCUGGACCGGGUGGGCCGCUCGGUCGAGUCCCAGGGCAACGCCCUCCUCUCGGUGCUCCAGAGGCUGGCCGACGAGGUCUGCAAGGCCUCCUAGCCUCGGAGGCCAUUAAACCACCCACGCUUCCUCGA